GCCAUAGCUAAUGCAUGAAAAAAUGCAUGAAAAAGGGAAAAAUCAUGGAAACAUGUAACAUUACAUAAAAGCUACCAUAGGGAUCUGAAUACUGUCUGGUGCUUUAUCUCUGAUCGUGCUCAGAGCAAGACAUCACAGAAGAAAAUCCAACAGUCUUGACAAUUAUGGAACAAAUUCUUCACAUGGGAAUUUUCUUCCUAGCCCUCAUCUGUGAGAAGGCUUAUAUGAAUCCCAUAGCUAUGGCCAGAGCACGAGGUCCUGCCCCAAAUUCAGGACCAACAAUACAAGACUACUUGAACAGGCCAAGACCAACAUGGGAAGAAGUGAAAGAGCAACUAGAAAAGAAAAAGAAAGGAUCCAGGGCUUUGGCUGAGUUUGAAGAAAAGAUGAAUGAGAAUUGGAGGAAAGAACUGGAAAAACACAGGGAGAAAUUACUGGGUGGAAAUGAGAGUUCCUCCAAAAAAAAAGAGAAAAAGAAAAAGGAAAAGAAGAAAUCUAAUAGGUUGUCUUCAUCUUCCUCUUCUUCAUCAAGCUCUGAUUCUUCCAGCAGUUCAUCUGAUUCAGAAGAUGAGGAUAAAAAGCAAGGGAAGAAAAGAAGGAAAAAGAAGUAUCGCUCCUCACGGAAAUCUUCAGCAAGCACAACUUCAGAAUCUGAGUCAGACAGCAAGGUAAAUAUGCAGGAUAGCACAAAAAAGAAGAGGUCAAAGGAAGACUGUGAAAAAGAGAAGGAAGGUAAAAAUCAUCACAGGAAAAGGAAGAAAGCAGAUCGUGGUGAUGGACCUUUAUCAUCAGAAUCUGUGUCUGAAUCGGAUCAGACAGAGGAGGUGCAAGCGAAAAAGAAGAAAAGCAAUGAGGAAAAGGAGAAAACAGAUAAAACAAAAAAGAGAAAGAAGCACAAGAAACAUGGUAAAAAGAAGAAAAAGAAGUCUGCUGGUUCAAAUUCGGAUUCAGAAUAAUAUUUUAAAGCAACGUGAGACUAUCAACAGAAGUGCAAUGACUAAAGGAAACUUAAACUGUGAAAUGACAGCAAACUUUACCAAACUGCAUGAGUUUUCUUGUGUUUUAGAAAUAUUCCUAAUCUUUCAGUAGCCAUCCAGAUAUGCAGCUGUGCUGGGAAAGACCAUUGUUAUUGCCUGCUGCUUAAUACAUGAGGUACAACUUCUAUAAAAUUCCAGUAAGCAGUGUUAGAUGUUUGAGACAAGAUGAGAUGGUAGGCCAGCUGAAGUAUAAAAUAUUGGAAAAUAAGAGAGAUAAACUUUUUAGAUAGUUAAAAUAGUCUUUUAAAGCAUUAGUAAUAGUCUUUAUUUGUAAAUCAGGACAAAUUAAAUCCCAAGUUCAUCCUGCAGGUUAAUAUUAUGCAUAAACUACUACAAGCUGGUGUCUGCUAAUGGAAAAUUAACAAUAACAUUUAAAAGGCUGCCUUUGUAGAAAUGUGUAUCAUCUGCCCCAUUACCGUCUCCAUGCAUAUGUGAAAGGGAAUGCUACCAUUUUGGCUACCUGAACUGGGUGCCUUUCCCUUUGAUUCUUGCAAAUCUCUGCUGUUUUUAAUCCGUGCAUCUCUGCAUUCCUGGGAAGCUAGAGCUAUUGUCAGCAGCCUUUUCUGAAUAAGCAGUUUUGAGCUUCCGAGCAUGUGCUUCUGCAUUAAGCAAGAGCAAUGACAUUUUGCAGUAUAACUGACAGUCAAAACCUGAAGAUUUUACCUCUGCUUCUUUGAAAUGGCGAUAGACCUUUGCUAGUAAAUAUGCAUAUUUCAUUUAAUGUAAUUUUGGUUUAAUUGAAAACUUCUUGCAAACACUGGUAGCUUUCUUUGCAUUAUCUUUAGAAUUGUUUUGCAUGAUUUGUACCAUUUUUAAAUUAACAAAAUGCAGGUAAUCAUUUGUUGUAACCAGUUCUUUGAAUUACAUUUUACAUGCAGAGUUUCAUGUAUGUAUUUAGUUAUAGUUAAGUUCAUUGCUGUGUUUAAGUGCACACUUGCUGAAGUUAUUUAGCAUGUAAAAAGCAGGGUUUUGAUACUUUAACAGCUUCAUAUUGAAGCUGAUUUUACUCUAAGCAAGUUCAGUGGCAGAUCUGUUAUGUGACGUGUCUUGUUAGAUAAAAAAACUACUGCCAGAAUCUCAUUAAAGAUACUGUUUAAACAGUUUGUAUUUAUAUUUUUGUACUUGAGGGCUACAGAAUGUUGAUCUAAGUCAUAAAGCUGUUUUACUUUAGUUUAGUUGCUUUAGAUAACUGAAAAAAAGCUUUUUUAAAUUACAUGUGCACACAAGAAAACACAAGCAACCAUUUGAUUUUAGUUUACAUGAAAUUCUCACUCUAUCUUCCAUUGAAAUACUGGUUGCUGGGCCUUCUGUUAGUCUUUAACAAAUGCCCAUCCAUCCCAGGUAGUCAAAUACAGAUUUUUGAUCCACCCCUUCUUUCCAUUGCACAGGUGCUAACUUAGAACUUACCUCUAUUGCAUACAGAUGUUUCAAGUGUUUUGUUGCCAAGAAUUUCAAGACUUUUAAGACAUUAUUAGUCUGAAAACCCUAACUAAAAUCUGUGGGAGAAAGAUGAUUUCAUUCUGCCAUUGUACGGAGAAAUUGUCUUCAAGUUCUUGGGAAAAUACAGCCAUUCAGUUGCAGCAAUGUGCAUCUAAACAAUAGUAAUAUUUUCAUUGACUAUUUUAUACUCUUGGGCUUGAUGUUACCAAUUCUAAACACUUUUGUCGGUGAGGUUGAAAUAAAGGCAAGAUACAGUGAACAGGGGGGUUUGAUUUAGGGUUUGUGUUUAGUUUUGUUGGGGUUGUUUUCCUUUUAAGUUGUGGUGUUGCAGUUUUGGUAAAAGAACUUGUAAUGAACCAUAGCAUAAAUGCUCUGUCCUGUGUGAUACCUUAUUUGACUUUUACACAACCACCUGCCACAGAAAGAAAUAAAAAUGGAAAUGAGACCCAGUCUUCCAAAUACUUAA